CCGUCCGAAAACUCGCGAGACGCGCGCGCGCUCAGGGCGCGCCCCGCCCUUCCCCUUCCUCUGCGGCCGGCGCUCUGAGCUAAGCUCUCAAGAUGGUGCGCUACUCCCUGGAUCCGGAGAACCCCACGAAAUCAUGCAAGUCACGGGGGUCUAACCUGCGUGUGCACUUCAAGAACACCCGAGAGACCGCGCAGGCCAUCAAGGGCAUGCACAUUCGCAAGGCCACCAAGUACCUGAAGGAUGUCACCCUGAAGAAGCAGUGUGUCCCCUUCCGGCGCUACAAUGGCGGUGUCGGGAGGUGUGCCCAGGCCAAGCAGUGGGGCUGGACACAGGGUCGCUGGCCCAAGAAGAGCGCAGAGUUCUUGCUGCACAUGCUGAAGAAUGCGGAGAGCAACGCUGAGCUCAAGGGUCUCGAUGUGGACUCCCUGGUCAUUGAGCACAUCCAGGUGAACAAGGCUCCCAAGAUGCGGCGGCGCACGUACCGGGCACAUGGCAGGAUCAACCCCUACAUGAGCUCCCCGUGCCACAUCGAGAUGAUCCUCACGGAGAAGGAGCAGAUCGUGCCCAAGCCAGAGGAGGAAGUUGCCCAGAAGAAGAAGAUCUCCCAGAAGAAGCUGAAGAAGCAAAAGCUAAUGGCUCGGGAGUAAAUCUGCAUGGACAGAUGUACAUAAAUAAAACUUUAAAGUUUGGAUUGA